UUGUGCUCGAAGAGAACUCGAGCUAUACUCCUCAAGGCUUCAUCUCCCUGGCUGUACUCCCUCUUCUUUCUUCUCUUCUCCCCGCGAAAUCGAAGAAAAGCAAGCCAUUCUACCUGUCCCAAAAUCCAGCGAUGGAGUGUGUUAUGGGGGUGGUUGGCCGCGACUUCGCGGUGGUGGCGGCGGACACCUCCGCCGUGCAGAGUAUCCUCGUCCACAAGACCGACGAGGACAAGGUCAUGGUCCUCGAUUCGGGCAAGCUGAUGGGCGCUUCAGGGGAGCCUGGGGACCGGGUUCAAUUUACGGAGUACAUACAGAAGAACCUCCACCUGUACCAGUUCCGCAACACCAUCCCGCUCUCCACCGCCGCAACCGCCAACUUCACCCGCGGCGAGCUCGCCACCGCCCUCCGGAAGAAUCCCUAUAUGGUCAAUGUUAUACUGGCCGGUUAUGAUAAGGAUGUUGGCGCCUCCAUGUAUUACAUCGACUACAUUGCAACCUUACACAAGAUUGACAAAGGUGCUUUCGGGUAUGGCUCUUAUUUCUGCUUGUCGCUGAUGGACAAGUUGUAUCACCCGGACAUGACUAUUGAGGAAGCAGUAGAUCUUGUUGACAAGUGUAUUAAGGAAAUCCGGUUGCGAUUGGUUGUUGCGCCUCAGAACUUUGUGAUCAAGAUUGUGGAUAAGGAUGGGGCGAGGGAGUAUGCGAGGCGUGAAAAUGUCAGCGACAAUCCCGCAACAACGACAGCUGCAACUACGACCGUUGCUUGAGGUUAUUGCCUUAUUGCCCUUUGGGUGGACAUCGGCUGCAGGUUGAACCAUUAUGUUAAUUGUUUCUGAUCACUGUUGUGUAAUCACAAGAUAUUGGGACCUGGAACUGUGUUGCAAUUUUAGCCCAGACGUGUACUUCUGCAUGUUUCAUGUGCGUUUUGGUUGCUAUUUCCUUCUCGAUGAUGUUGUAUUGCUGCGCACUUGUCUAAUAUAGUAGAUAGCCUGCGGUUUGCAUUC